GGAAGGCCACACCGUAAAUAUGUCACACACACACACACACACACAUCUGGUCUUUAACAUGACUGGUGCGGUUUUGCGACUGCAUGUCAGUAAUGUUGAGAGGAGGAGCUGCUGCGUUAGUGCGUGCGUGCGUGCAUGCGAGGGCUAGGCGGUGUCCGUGCGUGUGUGCGUGCGCGAGCUGGGAGUCGGAUGCGAGAGAGGGGUUAGGGCGGGCGAUGCGCACGAGGACCUGGACGAGUGUCACUACCCCCAUGACCUAGCAGGGCCGCCUGCAGCAGGACAGACAAGAAAGCGGCCAGGAGGAGUGUGUGCAGACGGCGGCGGGAGCUCCUGGCACCCACGGCGGCUAUGGCGGUGGCUGGGCCAAUAAAAAAUGGCGGUGAGCGUGUGUGGGUCCGCCGCCGCGCGGCCGCACCGCUGCCACUCAGUCAGUCGCGCCGCCGAUCUCAGCAGGGCUAUACGCGCUGCUCCGCCGUCUUGUCACCGCCACUGCCUCAACCUCCAGCCUGCCGCUUCCGUCUACCCGGGUGGUGGUAGGGCAUAGUGGAGCCGGCGCAACGCCUCCAUUCCCACCACCGCCGCUGUCUCCGUCUCUACCACCACCAACAUUUCCACCACCAGUAACACCACACUACCAACAGUGUAUCACACAGUCCAAGAAGAUCUGCCAGUGUGUCCCAGAGUGGCUGCCAAAUAGCUCGCCACGGUGCCUCGACAACGCCUAGUAUCCACCACCACCACCACCACCGCCGCCGUCACCGCCACCACUACCACCACCACUACUACCACCACCUUCACCUCCCUCAAAAGAACCACCGUCGCCUCCUAUCCACCAGCAGUAGUUCCUUCACCAACACGGCGCUCCUCCAACACAGCCGCCAAGAUGUGGAACAGCGUGACCGAGUGCUGUUUAAGGAUCGCCAACCACUUCUCACGGAGGAAGAGUGUGUUGUAUGUGGGUGAGGCCAUGGCCGCCAGGGACCGUGCCACACGCUACUCCAGUGUACAGAAAGAUACCACCCUGGGCUUCCCCUACCAGGUCCCGCGGCCAGACGGUGAGGAGAGACACCCAACACGGAAACACCUCACUGGUUCAGAACAGGAGGCAGAGAUAAUGAGGGAGUACAUCAAGCCACCAGCCAACAAAACCCUCUUUGAUUUAGAAUGCGACGGCCCUCAUCGGUCGUGCUCUGUUUCAGUAUUUCCUACGCAGACUGAGUGUGGGGUGGCACAUAUGGGAGCACACCACCACCAUCGACACUCAGCUCCCCUCGACGCCCGAUCCCCACACCACCCGGCAGUGUCCGCAUCAUCGUCAUCAUCAUCAUCUUCAUCAUCGCUGCCAGGGUGGGGAUGUGGGGACGACGGCCGGGGGUCUCCUAGAAGGGGGCGGAAAACGGGAGGCUUUCAGAAAUCCCCGCUGGUGGCCAAUUGUUUGGCUCCAUUCACUUCAGCCAAAUACGAGCGGGCGCCUCACGCCUCCCAACAAGAGGGAGGUCGGCGGGGAGGUCUGCAGCAGGGAGGGUUGGGGACCAGCUCCCCGUCUCCUUCACACGAUUCCAGUAUCACCUUGCCCUACUGCCCAACCAACACCCUGGCAGACAUUACCAUGGUGUCAGUGCCGUGUGGACCCUCAUCUCACAGUCCCAGUUCCAGUCAUCUUGGAGGUCCAGGUGGCUCCCAAGGAGCUCAUAUGGGUAGCUUAGGAGUGCAAGGGGGCCUUCCACAUACUUAUGGACAGUCCUCACAGUCUCCCUGUAGUCCAACUGCAGACCAUGACCUUCCGCCCUUAUAUAGUGACGACGUGAUAGAAAAUUCCAGCUUAUAUACAAGUGCUAGUAGACCCUCAGAACAAAGGACAAAGAGUGGGGAAAUAUGACCACCAAGUCUUUUACUUAGUCUUUCAAACAUACUUUAUAAUAUCACUUAAGAUGUACUUGUUGUAAUGAAAGUUGUUAUAUCCCUUGGGAUGUGAUAGUGUGACGCGUGAUACAGCGCUGAAGCCAGCAGGUGUCUUGGUGCUCAGUGGUGGUGAGCUAGUGUUCAGGCUCACUCCUGUGCAUGACCAACUGCCAGCAUGCAUGUGCACUUGGGUGUGUGAGGGCAGCCAGGUGCAGUCCUGCUUUGUGCACAAUGCAUGUAGUUAGGGCAGGGAGACGUGCUAACGGGCUCACCCGUGGUGGGACCGGUGCACGCAUGAACCAGAGCAGUUGGGACCAGCUGUUGUAGUGGUGGAUGAAGGAAUCACCAGUGCCUGGGGUCCCAAGGACCAGUGCUAUGGUGUCUGGCAGCAGUGCAGCUCUGCCACACACUGCCAUGCACUGCUUACAGUCACCAGUUAUGGCUCACACAGUGUAUUGUAAGAGUGCUGCAGCAUUUCCAGGGCCAAGUCCCAUAUGUGAUAGGCCUUCUCUCUAUAUCUCACUGAACAGGUGAUGGAGUGUGGUGCGUGGCGAUGGCUGUGGAAGUGUGGCUGGGCAACCUGUAAAUGGUGAGGCAGGCAGACCAGAGACUCAGGGAACACUGCAAAAACCUAGAUUAUUAUUAUUACUAGUUUUAAUUGCAAAAAUAAAAUUGCUUUUAUUGUAUUGAUGUGAAAUAAUGUUAUGGUUUAAGGUUAAGUUCCCUGGGACUGGAUGGGGUGAGACAGGCCGUGGAGGUGUGGGAGGAUGGUGACAGUAGCAGGUGUAUUGUUAGUGGCACAGUUCUUCACUCAUAUGAUGUAGUGUGUAGUGUCAGAGGUGGUGGUCAGCCAAGUGACACUCCUUGCCAGCACCCCACCUGACACUGGCACAUGCACAUAUAUAUAUAUUCCAUUCGGUGACACACACGUGCACACCUCCAGGCUUGUUUGACCCCUGUGACGAGUAGUGGGCAACUCUCACUGUUAUUCCACUGCCAGGUAUAUAUAUAGGUUUUGUAAGACUUGCCUGUAAUUCAUUGUUCUGCCUGUCGGCAGGUAAUAUUCCUUCCACCCCAGCUGCUAAGCAGUCAUUGCAAGAGUGUAACAGAUCAAGAGGUGCAUGAUGAUGUCACAAUAAAUGACAGUGUGUGUGAACACUGUGAUGGUUGAAGGUCAACUUGUGUGAGAGAGAUGAGUCAGUACAGUGAGCCCAGCCACACCGCUCAUGGGUAUAUCCUCCACUCUUCUCUUUUGGCUCUUCUCACAAAUUUGGAUAUUAAACAGUGCAUAGUGUAAUGCCACUUGUGUUUUUUACAGUGCCAAUUGUGCAAAGUACAGUUCUGUUUGUCUGGUACAAAGUCACUAUGUUUGUACAGUGGUACUUGUACAUUAUACAAUGGUUCUUGUUCAUGGUUGUGUGGCACUCCUUCAUCAUACAGUGGUAUUUGUAUGUGGUAUAUUGGCACCUGCUCAGUAAACAGUGCCACUUGUGCCUAGUACAGUGCUAUGUGUGCCUGAUACUAUGCCACUUGUUCCUGGUACAGUGUUACUUGUGCCUGGUAGUGCCACCUGUGCCUGGUACACUGCCACUAGUCCUUGGUACAGUGCCAUUUGUACCAGGUGCAGUGCCACUUAUACCAGGUACAGUUCCACUUGUACCAUGUAUAGUGCUACUUGUGACUGAUAGUGCCACUUGUACUUGGUACAGUGCCACCUGUAUCAGGUACAGUGCCAUUUGUAUCAGGUACAGUGCCACUUGUACAUGGUACAGUGCCACUUGUACUUGGUACAGUGCCACCUGUACUGGUCCAUUGUAACCUAAUCAACAGGUUCCUCGGGUCAGCGGUGUGGCCCCCAAAAUACACUGUCACUACUUCUUCAAUCUGCCAUUCAUUGGUUAUAUCAGUCACUGGGGCCUGAAAAAAGUCUCGCUUCCUGGUGACAAAAUUUUUUUAUUGACUCCGAAAUUUUCCUACCAAAAAAAUAUACAAAAGUUAUAUCAAAUGGCACUUGUCUUAGCUUUCUCUCUUUUUCCUCUCCUCUUUUUUCCCUCUUUUUCCUCUCUUGCUCCAUUAUCCUUUCCUCUUCCUCCAUUAUCUUCUCCUUCUUCCUCCAUUAUCUUCUCCUACUUAUCUUUUUCUAAAAUCCUAUUUUCCUGUAUUCCCAUAUGUUAAUUUGGUAGCCCUCGUGGUGCCCAGAGAUACUGCACCAGGAUACCAGACCUUUUCAGGCCCCUUCAGUCACCAAACAUUUCCUAAGAUUCUGAAACUCGUACAACAUGAUAAUGAUGAAUGAUAAAAACUCUCAGAUUUUUUCUUCUUCUUUUACUUCCAUAUUUCUGUAUUUACAUAGUAUGAAUGUAAAAGAAAAGCCUACAAUGAUGUGUUGCAUGUUAAGACAAAAUUUAUUACGUGGUGAUUUUUUUUGGGGGGACACCAUCAGUUAAUGUACAGUAAUAGGAAAGAAGACCUGUUAAACCACCCAACCAUAGAGAACCAUUUUAUAAGGCCAAUGAUCAUUAUCUAAUCUUAUAAUUUAAUCAAUAUCAAGUAAACCUAUGAAAGGAAACAGUUUUAACUCAAAAUAAAGGGAUUGCUACUGUGGCUUAUAGAUUUUCUUUUAAGAGUUCUUAAUCUGAGGGAAGUUUCAAAGUAUUAUGUAUUGUUGAAAAGUAAAAAUACAAACAGAGGUAAGAUGAUGAUGAAAAAACAUAUUGUAAGGUUAAAAAUUGUAAUGUUAAUAUAUAAUGUGUAGCAAUGCCUUGUUCACGUCCAUUCAGCUUGGUCAUAUCUGUAGACAGUUCACUUCAUUUUUGUCAAAAGUACAUUUUAUUAUCUUCACACUCACUGAUCAUAUCACACUGCACAUAGCCAGGGUCACUGUUCUCCACUUGUUCUCCACUGCCAAUUAUACAGAGCACUGAAAAUAUGAUACAGCCACACAGAACAUCGAGAAUCACACACAUAACAAACAUGGCUCACACAACUAACAGCUACUCAAGAUACAAGUACUUGCUAAUAUUGAGGUGCUUAAUGUAUUGACCUUAAUCUUAAAAUUUUCUUACUGGUUGAGGUCACUAGUAAGAAUGUAAAUAGAUACAGUAAUAACAUGUUAGGGUCCUAGAAGGAACGAUUGUUGAAUAAGGAUAUUUAAAUUAUUUACCACAUUGAUUUGUUCUCGAUAACUUUUCUACUAGUACAGGCAGUUCAACUAUUGGCUUGUCUUUCUAAUAGUAUAGAUAAUAAAGAGGGUUUUAUUGUCGCUCCUAUAAGCCCUCUUUCAACUAAGUGUGGCUGAAGUGAAAUGAAGAGUAAUUAAGUCAGAGUUGCCAAAUGUGUCACCCAUCAAGGCAUACUGUAGGUAGAUACAGUACCAGGAA